AUGGUGAAACACCCAGAAACAAACCCGAGGCCGGGAAUAACCAACAUACUUACGUGGGAGGAAUUCAAGAAAUUACUCAAGGAAGAGUACUGUCCGAGGAGCGAGAUCCAGAAGUUAGAAGCAGAACUGUGGAAUCACCAAAUGAAGGGAAGUGAUGUAGACUCAUACACUGCUCGCUUUUAUGAGCUGGCAAAACUUGUGCCACACUUAGUAUCACCCGAAGAGAACCGAAUUGACCGUUAUUUCUGGGGUUUAGCUCCAGAAAUCCGAGGGAAUGUGACUUCGGCCAAUCCAAAAACACUUCAGGACGCUAUGAACUUAGCGACAAAACUCACCAACAAUGCUAUUCGGUCAGGAUCAUUUGCAAAUGAUAAAGUCAAGGGUAAGACAAGAAUGGAGGAGCCCGUGAGAAAGAACUACAGCGAGAGGGGCGGUAAGGCCCAAAAAGUGAUAAGAAACUUUGGGGCUCAUACACAGACAGCAGAAAAGGGCAAGGGAACGUACCCUAAGUAUGAUAAGUGCAAUAAUCACCAUGGUGGGAGAUGCAUCAUCUGUCUCAGAUGCAACAAAGGAGGUCAUUUCGCUAAAGAUUGUAGGAGCAGAGACUGA